GAUGUUAUUUAACAGGUUUCCGAAAAACUCUUCCUUUCAAAGUAAGUGGAUAGAAGUCAUUGUAAAUUGGGGUUGUAGUCAAGAUAAUAUAGUAAAACACAGUAGCAUAUGCAGUUUACAUUUUGAAGUACAUUGCAUUCUGACAAAUGGAUUUGCACCUAGUCGGCUAAAAGCAGGUGCUGUGCCAACACUGUUUUUCAAUGAAGUGAAAGAAAGUGUGGCCGAUACAGAGGAUAUAUUGCCUGAUACGCAUGGAAAUGAUACACCAGCAAUUAAGGCAGAAGUUGUCGACAAACAUGAUGAGGAUGUCACUGAAAGCACGGUAAAAAGAAACUUCGCAAAAGCGACGCAGUCUGGAAACGUCCAGACGAUUUCGAGAAAACCGAUGAUAGAGUAUUGCGGGAAACAGACGCCAGGCGCGAGCGGACACGCGGAACGCGAGCGCGGAAAACGCCAAAUUGAUUCCUGACGACGAGAUCGUUGAUUUCGGCGACCACGCAUAGCAACGAGCGGAUAUAAAUUAAGGGCUCGCGACGGCCUCGGUUUACUUCGCCUGCUGUUAACAGAGAGAAAGGACGAGGUAAAACCAUCGGCCGCUCUUGGUCAGCCGGUUAGGGACUCCGGCAGGAGAGUACGGCGAUAAUACCUGGACGCCUGCCGGAGAAGAGAGAGAGAGAGAUCCCGGUAGGAGAGUUCGGCGACAAUACCUGGACGCUCGACCGACACGGAGAGUACGGCGAUAAUACCUGGACGCCUGUCGGUCGAGAGAGUACAGAGCAUCUCCUGGACGCCCUAGUAGAGUUAGUUUUCUAAACGCCCGUUCGAUAUGGAGAGUUCGGCGAUAAUACCUGGACGCCUAUCGAACGGGAAAAAUAUAAACAUGGCGCUCUUUGUAAAAUGUUUUGUACGAAUAAAUAAAAAGGAAAACUGUAUCCUACACCUUGUAACCUCUCCUAAAAUAAAUCCUAUCUUUCCAACAGAUUUCCUUGCAUUUUCGAUUAAUUAUGGCUACAAACUACAUUUUUCAUGGCUUUUUCGGAUUCUGUUAGUUCAAUCCAUCUUUCCUGAGUCGGUCUUCUAAUAAAGUUUGUUACGGCUAGUCUCCUGUUACCUUUCGCAACAUUACAUUCCCCAUCCCACCAUACCUGCUUUUUU